AUGCCGACUAAGCCCGUCCUCAUCAUCGGCGCUGGAGUCGUCGGCCUAACUCUCGCUCACGGUCUCAAAAAGGCUGGCAUCCCAUUCGAGGUCUACGAGCGCGACGAGCACAUAACCGCCCGUGGCCAGGGCUGGGCCAUCACUCUCCACUGGGUUCUGCCCUUCCUGAAAAAGCUCCUGUCACAAGACACCUUGAAAGGCGUCGAUUCCGUGCAGGUGGACCCUGACGUCGACCGCCACGGCGACGGGAACUUCAUCUUCAUCAACCUCGAGACGCUGGAGCCCAAGUUCCGCAUCCCGCCCAACGAGCGCCGGCGCGUCAACCGCGAGAAGCUGAGGAACGUCCUCCUGCAAGAGGUGGGCGAUCGAGUGCGCUGGGGCAAGCGCCUUACGGCAAUCGAGGAGGAUGAUGAUGGCGUCGUCGCUGUGUUCGCUGAUGGUACGAGGGCAGAGGGUGCCGUGCUCGUCGGCGCAGAGGGAAGCAACUCACGAACGCGGAAAUUCCUCGCCCCCGAGACGUAUCGCAACACACAAUUACCCGUGCGCUUCGUCGGUUCAGCCGCAGAUUUCACGCCAGACGAGGUCAAGCCCCUGAGACAAGUCGAUCCCCUGCUGUUCCAAGGGUGCCACCCUGUGAGCGGCAACUUCCUCUGGGUCAGCAUGCUCGACACGCCGGCAGCCAACGGCACCAAGGGGACCGAUGACGAGCGUUAUCGCGUGCAGAUCAACGUCUCUUGGCCUGUCAAGACGCCCGAUGACGAGGUGAAGCCCACCGAUGCAGAGCGACUGGCGGGUAUGAAGCGGCGCGCUGAAGAGUUCCACCCCGUGCUGCGCGAUGCCGUCCAUGCGAUCCCAGAAGGGUCCGAGAUCCUGGAGAUUGUGUUGCAGGACUGGCCUUGUCUCGACUGGGAUAAUCACGGUGGCAGGAUUACCCUCAUGGGUGACGCAGCGCACGCCAUGACCAUGUAUCGAGGCGAAGCUGCGAACCACGGCAUUCUAGAUGCGUAUCGGUUAUGGGAGAAACUAGAUGGGAUAUACAACAAAGACGUGGAGCUCAAAGCAGGAAUCGACGAGUAUGAGGCCGAGUUGAGAGAGAGGACGAGCACGGCGGUGCUGUUGAGCCGGCAGGCGUGUUUGGAUGCGUAUGACUGGGCUGGUCUGAACGAGAAUUCGGCGGUGUUGAAGCGACGGGCAAUUACUGGUGUUUGA